AUGAGACUCCUCGGUUGGCUGGCUCCGCUGGCCAUCUUCUCCCUCACGCAUGCCGCACACACCUCGAAUUGGGCCGUUCUGGUCUCAACAUCGCGCUUCUGGUUCAACUACAGACACCUGGCAAAUACACUCUCUCUGUACCGCACGGUCAAGCGACUGGGCAUCCCAGACUCACAGAUUAUUCUGAUGCUACCCGAUGACAUGGCCUGCAACCCUCGCAACGCCUUCUCUGGCACUGUCUACUCCAACUCCGACCGAAGAAUGGACCUAUACGGAGAGAACGUCGAGGUCGACUACCGUGGCUACGAAGUCACCGUGGAGAAUUUCAUUCGUCUAUUGACCGAUCGCUGGGAACACGGUGUUCCCGCCAGCAAAAGACUGCAGACAGACGAGGGCAGCAACAUCCUGAUAUACAUGACGGGUCACGGAGGUAGUGAAUUCCUCAAGUUUCAAGACAGCGAGGAGAUCUCGAGUUGGGACUUGGCAGAUGCUUUUGCCCAGAUGCAACAGAAAAAGCGUUACAACGAGAUGCUGUUCAUGAUCGACACGUGUCAGGCCAACACCAUGUUCCGCCACUUCUAUUCGCCCGGUGUUGUUGCCACGGGCUCUUCGGAGGAGGACGAGAGCUCUUACUCACAUCACGCCGACAAUGAUGUGGGUGUUGCUGUUAUCGACCGCUGGACCUACUAUGUGCUGGAGUUCCUCGAGACACACGUCACAAGCCCAACCUCUGACAAAACCUUGGGUGACCUCUUCGACAGCUACGAUGUCAAGAAGAUUCACUCCAACCCCGGUGUCAGAUGGGACCUUUUUCCGGGUGCAGAGGCCGCCGGUCGCAAUCGCAGGGUUGUGGACUUCUUUGGUAACGUCCAGAGUGUCGAGCUCCAAGGCAAUCAAACCAAAUCCGCAGCUUUGCAAUCAGAUUUGGCGGGUUUGAUGAAGCUAGUUCAGGAAUAUCAACAGCAAGCCGCCGCCCAAGAAAGUAACAAGACCGAAAUGGCUCAGACCCUGGCCCAACGUGGUGUUAAGACGACGACCAAGAAGCCGCAGCAAACAACCAUCAACCGCAUGAGUGUCACCGAGAGCAACAAAUGGGUUCGUCAGGUCGGAGGCGCGACAGUGCUCUCUGGCCUGGCGGCACUAUGGUAUUUCGCCCCUAAGCUGGUGUGA